UGUUGUAGAGUAGCGAACUUUAUGCUAUUUAUAUUUGUGCGCGUGUUUAUAAUGGCGCUUGAAAGCAAAAGUGUGCGCUGCCGCAAGCGAAAUGUGCGUCAGGCAGACAUGCUUUUGUGAAUUCGCUUUUUUCACAUUUUUCGUUUGAUUUUUUUUAAGCUCAUUUGGGAUUCCCCCAGCAAUCGUAAAGACGCGUCAAUUUCUAAAUUUGUGUUUUUGUAUUUUUUACCUUUUCGUUUUUGCUUUUCAAAUACAUACAUAUAUAUAUGCCGCUAAGUGGCUUUCAAGUGUAAUUCGAACGCGAUUUCCGUGCAUCCGUUUCCGACGGCGCUGUUUGACUGCCUUUGAUGGCCGUCGUUGUGUUUAAAUAUGUGCGGGGCACUCACUUCACAUUUGUGACAUAAAUACAUGCCUCAAGUGUGUCAAGCAUUGUCUAAAAGCAAAAACGUGUUUUAAUAACAGCAAUGUGUUGUUGUUGUUAUUGUUGCAAUUGUUGUUGGAUUGUGUCGCACAAUUGACAUUGGAGACAAAGCAGUGUGCAAAAGUGUGUGUUGUUGUUGUUCCACAAUGUGUUGUGUCGCCAACGUGAUUUCCGGUCGCCCAUUGAGCGUGACAACAUUGCUGCAAUUCCAAGUUUCUUUAGUUUAUUUAUUUGUGGGCGUACACGGCGUAUGAGUGAUAUAUAUAAUUUUGUGCUUUCGUUAUUGUUCUAGCCAGAGUACAUUAGUAACGCGGUGUGACACUUUAGAAGAAAACAAGCAACAAGCGCAGUAAAGAGUAUAAAGUGAGAACAAUAACAACAAAUAAAAAAUAAAACAACAACAACAAAUAAAAAAUAUUACAACAAAAACAUAAAAAAUCUCAAAAAAACUUGUCAAAUCGGCAGAAACAAAACAAAAAUUUGUGGAAAAAAAAUUUGAAAAAAAAAAUUAAAACAAUAAAAACACAAAAGAAAGUAUCAACAAACAUUUUUCGUUUUUCGCUUUGUUGUCCUACAUUAGCAAUUCUGUCAACGCCAACGGAAGGAAUCAACGCCAACUAGGACAAUAUGACACGAGUACGACGAAUUGUGUGUGCGCAAUAUUAAUGCUCGAGAACUUAUAAUGACAGCGCUAAAAAGUAUGCAGCAGAUUAAGCGAAAUACGGCUUAAGGCGCCUAAAAGUAUGCACAGCUUAUAUAAAGCCAUUUAAAAAAUGCUACACAAGUGGGCGCUGUGAAAAUAUUGACCCACCAACCGCAGACUGCAACACAAGCGAAGAUCAAAAAGGACGCGAUUGCUAUAAAUAUUUAUUAAACUGCUGAAAAGGUUAAUUACGAAGAAUUACAAAUGUAAUUGCAAGAGCAGUGUGAUUAAGAGAGAUAUUUAGUUGAAAUAAGAAGCAAGAAAUAACUACAGAGAGGUUACGAAGAACAAAUGAAAACGCAGCAAUAAAGUAAAAGAGAAAAAUUAUAAAAAUAACAACAAAAUAUUGUAGCUCAAACUGAGCAAUUCAAACAAGUCAAGUAUAUUGAGCAACAAGCACAAAGGAUUUAAAAAUAAACCACUCACAUACCUAUACAAAGGAUUUAAGAAGGAAUUGUUAGAGAAGAAAUAAAUAAUAAAAUAAUAAAUACAAUACAAUACAAAGCACUAAAUACAAUUACAGUUAUGUCCAUACGAUGACCAUGUCUACAGCAAGCAGACAAGCUAAAUCAAUGUAAAGUAUAUCAGCACUGAGAGCUUUAAGAGGCACUGAGCGACAUUACGGAUUUUUAGAACGAGAGUGUGUCCAACUCAUCACAAAUUGUAGAAAAAUUUACCGUUAAUAAGGUGUGCUUUAAUCACAUUUCCUAAAGUAUUUUAAGUAGACGAUCUACACGUGGUGAACAUGGCGGAAGGCGAUAAUUACGAUGAUGAGUUGGUCUCCAGCAAUCCAAAUCAGCGGAAUUGGCGUGGCAUUUUCAUUGCAUUACUGGUUAUAAUAAUUGUAUUGGCGCUAAUUGUGACCUCAGUGGUACUUCUCACACCACCCGAUGAGGGGCCGCGCGUCAAGGGGCAACGCAUCAAGCUGCAAGAUAUUGUGGACGGACUCUUUAUGCCGCAGCGUGCCAACGGUACAUGGAUAAAUGGCGAGGAAUUUCUUUAUCAGGAUCAUUGGGGAAGAAUCGUAUUGUUAAAUGCAUCUAGUCUAACGGAGCGGGUGCUCAUGUCAAAUGUGACAUAUAAAACAUUUGCACCUUAUAAAUUCUCCAUAUCUGCUGAUAAACGUUACAUCUUAUUGGCGCAGAAUGUCGUUAAACUUUUUCGACAUUCAUUUUUGGCACAAUACACGCUCUUCGAUAUACAAACGAGUGAAAGCAUCAAAUUGAAAAUCGAUGCACAUAGCGAUGAGUGGCCAUAUAUACACUAUGCCCGCUUCGUAAGCACUCAAACGUCUAACAGAGACAAUGCAAGCACCACCACGGGCACGGGCAAUGCGUUGGUGUUGGUCUAUAACUAUGACAUCUACUACUGCCAAGGGCCACGCUCCACCAAUCAUGUGUACCGCAUAACGAGCGAUGCAGUGCCUGGCAUCGUCUACAAUGGCAUACCAGAUUGGCUCUAUGAAGAGGAAAUCCUGCACUCGAAUAACGCAAUUUGGCUUUCGGAGAACGGUCACUUAAUGCUUUACGGUGCGUUCAAUGACUCGCUGGUGCAGGAGCAACAUUUCGCUUGGUAUGGCACAACAAGUGGUGGCAAUCCGAAUGCAUAUCUCUAUCCGGAAAUCAGAUCAUUAAGAUAUCCAAAACCAGGCACACAAAAUCCCAUCGCCAAGCUACGCGUGGCUGAUAUACAAAAUCCGGAAGAUAUUCAGAUAAGAGAUCUACAACCACCGCAAGUAUUAAUAAAUGAAGAUCACUACUUUAGCAGCGCCAGUUGGGUGAGUGAAACGGAAAUCUGUGUGGUUUGGUUGAAUCGUCCACAGAAUAUCUCGGUGGUCAGCAUCUGUAAGAGUCCAUUGUUUAUGUGCGUUGAGACGCAUCGUGUGAGCGGCGACGGACGCGGUUGGGUGGACACAGUAUCGGUGCCAUUGUUUGCAGCGAAUGCAACAUCCUAUGUUGCCAUAUCGCCAUUGCGUGACGGUGCUUCCGGUUACUUCCGGCAUAUUGUGCACGUGCAUGUUGCCAAAAAACGCGUACUCCCACUAACGCACGGCCAAUACGAGGUGAAUGAGUUGCUACAUUGGGAUCAGCUGAAUAAUUGGAUUUACUUCCUUGGCACACCGGAACGCCUGCCGGGGCAACAGCACCUUUAUCGCGUGUCCGCUUUGCCACCACGACACGGCUCAGCACAUCAGCUGCCCGACUGUUUGACCUGUCCGACGCAAUUGCGCAGCAGCUAUCAGGGCACCGAGGGCCACACCAAACCGCCACCGAAACUAGUGACCGCUUGGGAUGACGACUGGGAAGACUCGGAAGAGCGUCAAACGCUACCACCACCCACGCUGUCGCCGGAACACCCCAAACACCCGAAGGCGUCACACGCACACCCCGAGCACAAUGAAUGUCUCUAUCACACCGCGAAAUUCCCGUUGGCACUGCAGGCGCGUUAUGUGCUCAUCGAAUGUUUGGGUCCAGUGGUGCCGACCACCAGCGUUUACGCAUUGACCGGCUUCUAUGCCGACGAGCACAGCAAGAAAUUGUUACCGAAGAAAAGUGAGCCCAUGGAACUGCUUCUGACUGUGCAGAAUAAUACGCGUUUGAAGGAGAAGAUGUUGCGUACCGCACUGCCGCAGGUGAAAACCUUCCCGGUCAUGAUCUCGGGUGGUUAUCAUGCACAGGUGCGUCUAUAUUUACCGCCAGUGCUGCGCGAAGAUGAGAUCACACGUUAUCCGACAAUACUGCACGUAUACUCGGGUCCGGGUACACAGCUGGUGACGGAUAAGUGGCACAUCGAUUGGAAUACUUAUUUAUCGGGGACAAAAGAUUAUAUAGUGAUUGAAAUUGAUGGGCGUGGCUCAUCCGGACAGGGUUAUCAGCUAUUGCAUGAGAUCUACAAGCGUCUCGGUUCGGUUGAGGUGUCCGACCAGCUGGAAGUUAGUGAAUAUUUGCGUGACAAUUUGCAUUUUAUCGACGGUCGACGCAUGGGCGUGUGGGGUUGGAGUUAUGGCGGCUACACGGCCGCGCUGGCUUUGGCGGGCACACAGUCAAUAUUUCAAUGCGGCAUCAGUGUGUCGCCGGUGACGAAUUGGAAGCUUUAUGAUUCCACAUACGCUGAGCGCUAUCUAAGCUUCCCGAAUGUGACUGACAACUAUAAGGGCUACGAGGAGGGUGAUCUCUCCAAGUAUGUGGAUAAUUUGCGUGAUCGUCAAUUCCUUUUGGUGCAUGGCACCGCCGAUGAUAAUGUGCAUGUGCAACAAUCGAUGGUUUUAGCGCGUGCGCUCACCAAUAAGGGUGUACUCUACAAGCAACAAAUCUAUCCCGAUGAAGGACAUACACUGUCGGGUGUUAAGCGACAUCUCUAUCGCUCAAUGACGAGUUUCUUCGAGGAUUGUUUUAAGAAGCUGGUGCCGCCGGAAUCGAAAGCUGGACUUGGAAAUGGCGGUGGUAGUGAUAUGCAACAGCAAUAAAGUUACGAAAAUGCUUUAAUAUUGAUUAAUUUCAUUUGAAUACUAGUAGUGCAGAGAAAACAAAAGCGCCUGAAAGUAUGCUCAAAACUUGCGUUUACUUCUUAUGAUUUUUUUUUUCAAUAUUUUUGGAUUUAUACAAUACCAUUUGGGCAGCGCAUAAUCAAAAUUACAUACAAUAACAGUGAAGUCGAAAAUUACAAAUUUUUAUGGUUGUGAAAUAAAUACAAAAGCAACAAUAGCAGACAUUUGCACGCCAAAAAGUAGGCAAAGCGUAACUAAACAAAAUAAAAUGAAAUUAUUUUUGAAAAUGUUAGCUGUUUUAAUAAAUUUAAAUGUUGUUUUGAAAAGAAAAAAAGGCAGAUAUGGAAAAUAAAACUGCUUAAAAGAACAGUCAAAGUGCUAACGCCUAAAAGCAUACUAUAUUAUAAUUGUUUUUUAAUUCAAAUGAAUUAAGAUUUAUUUCGCGCAUACUCUCAAAAUGAUUAUACAAUUUUAAUUUGCAUAAAAUCUAUUUUCAAUUAAAAACAAAUAAAUACACGAAAAUAAUUAGUCGUCUAAGCGUUGACUUAAGAAUUGUGUAAAUUUUAAAAAUUGAGCAAAUAGCAUAAAAAGUACAUUUCUAAAGUAGUAGUGAAGAUAUUUAAGAAAUAUUAAAACGUUUUUGCAUAAAAAAACUCGAAUUGCAAGAAAUAAAUAAAAUAAUAAUAAAAAGUCAUAAUUUUAUUAAAAAUAAAUUAAAAAAUGGCGAAAGCAAAUAGUAGAAGACAUAAAAUAUAAAAGAAAUCCUAAAUUUAGUUUACUAUUAAUAUAAUAAACCUUGCAAUAUAAAAAUACUCAGAAAAAAAUUAAAUUACAGUAUUAGAAAAAUACAAAUAACGGAAAAGCUCAAAAUUAGCUGCGAUAUUAAGAUUGAAGUUACAACUAGCUAUAGCGACAGUUAUAAACAAAGCGUAAAUACUGCGUAUAUAAGCCGAAAAUAAAUCCUUUAGAGUGCUGAUAAUUAAAUUAGACGAAAUUUAGUUAUUUAAAAAAGCUUCAAUUAUUGAUGAGCUUUUAAAUAGAAAGGCUUUAAAAUAGAAAAGCUUUUAAAACUGCAAAUGUGUAACGUGCUUUUGACUAAGGCAUUUAGCGCUUGCUGUUGGUGGAAGUUAUUUUAAUUGAAGCUUUUGGAGCUUUAUAAGCCUAAAAUUAUGCACAAAAAAAUAUAAGCUUUUGAACUUUAGCUAUUUUCGAGACUUAAUAAUGAUAAUUUGCUGUAAAAUGAUGAAUUCAGAAUGUUAUAUUGUGUUUUAAAAUAUUUUCUAAACAGCUUUCAACGCUUUUCUUAGUGACACCUAAAAGUAUGCUAGAGAAUAAAUUCGUUUUUCAUAUCAUAUUAAUACUAAAAUCUAUUAUUUAAGCUUCCUGUUUUACAUUCGAGACUCCAGUUUGAGAAGUUAGUAUUAGGUCUACAACUUUGCUUCCGCCGUUUUUUUGUAAAUUUAAGUUUUUUUUGUAUAAAACGGUUACAAAUGUCGAUGUUACAAAUGUCAAAGUGCGUCUGAACUUUUCUUGGAAUUAAAAAAGAAAAGCAAAAUUUCCCGCAAAUGUCGCGAAUUCGGCUCAAAAAGUGACAUCUUCAGUUGAGAAUAAGUUUGUGAUGCAAACAGAUCUUUCCAAAUAUUUUGUUGGGUUAAUGUUGACACAAAUGUCCAAGAUCGAUAUAAAACGAUUUAAUCGACCAGUGCUUGACCCUAGAGACAUUUCCGCAAACGUCGAGAAUUCGGCUCAAAAAGUGACAUUUUCAGUUGAGAAUAAGUUUGGGAUGCCAACAGAUCUCUACAAAUAUUUUGUUGGGUUAAUGUUGACACAAAUGUCCAAGAUCGAUAUAAAAAAAUCGAUUUAAUCCACCAGUGCUUGACCCUAGAGACAUAUAUUGGAAAACGGCGGAUGCAAAGUCGUAGACCUAAUAUAAUUUACAAUUCCCGCCCAAGCGCCUAAAAUUAUGCAACGAUUGCAACGAUUUCAAUAAAUAUCAUUAUUCUGAAAUGAUAUUACUUUUCUACGGGCUCUCAUUCCAUUAUGUGUGGGAAAAAAUAUUUUUAAGUAAUCACACAAGCAAAACUCAGAAGCUUAGAUCUUCAAAGUGGGCAAUUAUUACGAAAUUCUAAUAUUUAUCGAGUGGACUCGAUAUUCAUUCUCUGAUGCAAAAUACAGUUGAACUUCUCUAACUCGAAUCACCAUAAUCCGCAAAAAAUCUUCGAGUUAGAGAAAUUCUCGAGUUACGGAAGGUAAUUUGUAUGAAAUUUUACUUUUAUUGCCAAUUCAAGGGUUCGAGUUAUGGAGAACUUCAAGUUAUAGCAGUUCGAGUUAUGGAAGUUCAACUGUAAAUAUUAAACUUUUUUUUCAAUUUCCUCUCCAUAAAAUUAAAAAAAUUUAAGAAAAAUAUUAAAUCAAGCACCUAAAGGUAUGCUAACUAAAUAAGUGACUCACAAGAUAAGCUCGAGAUUUGAUGUGGAAUUUUCAAUUAUUAAGGCAACUAAAAGUAUGUUAGGAAUUUAAGGAGUAUACAUUUUGAACCUCGAAGUAAACUGGCUUAAAUACGAAUUGAAUAUUUACUCCUUUUUAGAUGAAGUCUUUAAAAUUGAUACUCUUGUUUAAUUCAAACGAUGCCUGAUGCAGCUAAAAGUAUGCUAAGGGAAGUUUAUUAGUUAUUAGUUAGAUUUAAGGCUUUCUAUUGGAAUUUCUCGUUUUGAAACAAUAUAUUGCAAGCAUUAUUUACUAAAGCUCUUAAAAAAAAAAACAGAAUUAAGCUACAUUGUAAUAUGGAAAUGCGCCUAAAAGUAUACAAAACCACACAAAUUUACUUGUUAUUAAUGCAGAUAAUGACAGCUUUUCACAUGAAAAUCGAUUCUCAACACAAAGCCAGCAGAUUAUUAGCAUUUAUGCGAGCGAAAAUUAUACAUUGCUACAUAUGUAUGUCUGUCUAUUAGCCUUUACGCUGGAUUAAAAACAAUUACAAUAACCCACUAAUGAGACGGUAUUUCAUUGUGUGUGCGCGCGCAUUUAAAUGUUAGUGACGUUGGAGAGUUAAUCCUUUGAUGCCAUAAUAAACGUAAUCAUAA